UGCUUUGUGAGUGUGAGACAGUUUUUCACUCAUGUCCCAUUAACCUUCGGGCCGUUCCUUUUAUUUUCUCUCCUACUCUCCUUUUUCCUUUUCCUCUCCUUUCUCCUUCUUCCUAUCAUCUUUCAACAAAAGUACAGCCAUGGAACAGAAGAAGUGGAUCGACAUCAACACUGAGUCAUUUCAAUAUUCCCUUGACCAUUUCGUGAUUCCUGAUCACUAUGAGGAUGCUCUCGAGAGUGUGUUGAUCCCUCACGGCGUGAUCAUGGACAGAGUUGAAAAGUUGGCCAAGUUGAUUGUUCAGGAAGCAACGGGUCCUCUUGUUGUCUGCUGUGUUCUUAAGGGAGGUCACCAAUUCUUUGCUGAUCUUGUCAACUAUAUCAAGAAGAAUGUCACUCGUGGAGGGAAGACUGUUCCCUUGAGCCUAGAGUUCAUCAAGGUUAAGAGUUAUAGCGGAGAGACCUCUGGAGAAGUCAAGUUAUCAUUAACAGAGGAGGAAUGCCAGGAGUUCCAGGGAAAGAACAUAUUGAUUGUUGAGGAUAUCAUUGACACUGGAAAGACUAUGGUCCAGCUUUUGCAAAAGUUGAAGCAAUAUUCACCAGAAUCGGUCAAAGUGGCAUCGCUGUUGAUCAAGAAGACUCCUUUGUCAAACGGAUAUAUUCCCGAAUAUGUUGGAUUUGCUAUCCCAAAUGCCUUUGUUGUUGGAUAUGCUCUUGACUACAAUGAAUACUUCCGGGACCUUGAUCACAUCUGCGUGAUCAAUGACCACGGAAAGAUGAAGUACGCCAUCAAGAACUAA